AUGGUGGAUUUAGCUUCGGGACGCAGCGGGCCAGGAGGUGCACACGGUUGCAACGCCGCCGGAGGCUCCCAGCUCCCAGCUCCAGCUGCAUGGAGAAGGACUAGUUCCUACUUCCAGAAGCAUGUCAAGUCUCAUGAGACACAAAAAAUUAAGAAGGGAAACGCUAAGCGGCCGAUUCUCAAUGCAGAACCCGAGGACGGUAGUCAAGUUGAAGAGCUUGAGCCCCUUGAGCCCCUCGAGUCCCAGGUUGAUGAUGCUGCCCAUGUUGACAAUGGAUUUGAUCAUUGUUUUGAUGAUGGGGAUGAACCAUUCCUUUUGGAUGCAUUGAGAGACGUAGAGAAAGAUUUAGAAUCAUCUCGACCUUUCUUUAUGGAGCGGGAGGAUCAGGAAGAAGAAGCACGACGUUGUGAAGAACCCAAAGAACCAGCAGUACCCGCAAAGAAGAGCAGAAAAGGAAAGAAGGCACUUGGAAAAUGUCCAACGUGUAAGGCCAAUUAUUUCUCACUUGAUGGCUACUUUAAACACAAUCAGACUCACAUUUUUUCAGAGCUGCUCUGCAAAGUCCCUGACCUGCUGUCUGUUUUGCAUGCGAGCCAUGCCCUAAUGAUGGAGUCAGUGAAGCAGUGCAUGGACAGUCAAGUUGCUGUUGGUCCAGGCCCUGCUAUUGUUGCUGCGUGUGAAGAGAUUCUGACCUGUGAGGACUCGGAAGACUGGAAAAGUUUUGUGCAAGCUGUCACUGUCUCUCUGCACCGCUGCAUUGAUGGGCACAACAAAUUUUCUUUACCAUCUGAUUUAAAAGCACAGUUUUUGAUUGGCUCUGCACAUUAUGCUAGAGAUGAAGAUGCAAGAAGUAGUUUAAAAUCAAAGCUGUCCUCUGUUAUUGGCGAUCACGUGGCUGUUUUUGAUUUACUUUUAUCAUGUCUCAUUCGGUUGUAUUCCACAAAACUUCUGUCGUUUACAUUGCAUCACAUCAACAACCAGGUUCCGAAACUAAGUGAUACUUAUACUGUGACCAAACAAAAGACCGAUACGCUUGACUUUAAACAGAAUAUGCAUUACAUAGGUGGCGCUAAUUUAAAAAGUAUGUUGGGGAAAGGCCUUGUGAUUAAAAAAGAGAAUCGCACAGAAGAGCAUAUUAGAUACCUAGGUGUAUUGAAAAGUCAAUUCUUGAUAGGGGAAUUUUGUUGUGCUCCUGAUAAAGAAUUAAUGGCAUGGACCUUGAGCCAAGACAGAGGGGGUCUUAAAAAGAUUAAUGCCAAAGCCUUAGAUUUAUUUGUUGCAUUAGGUAUUAUUGUAAAAGAUCUGGAGCAUUUUGAUGGCUCUCUUUAUCUUAAUGAAGUGUUUGAAAAAGUAACUACUAGCCCUGACAUUCUCUUAAAGUGGGAUGACAUUAUAAGGGAUUUACUUCCCAAAAAAGAAUCAUGGUCACUUUUGUAUGGUCUAUGCUAUUACUUUAGCAACACUUGGAGAUCAGGGAUUGUUAGCCGAAGAAAGGAUGAAUUAAGCACUAGGAAAGAUGCACCCAAACAUGGGACAUCAGGAGUGUCAUUCCGAGCUAAACUGUCAACCUAACAAUUUUAUUUACUGCAGUGAGAUUCACAAUGUUUUAAAUGUUAUUUAAGGGUUUUAUUUUAUUUUUGAGUUCAGGAAAUAAAAACCUUAAUCAAGAAAACAAAAUUAAA